AAUAAAAUAUUUAACAUGUCUCUUUAUUUUAAUCAUUAUAAAAUUAGACGAGGUUGCAUUCAUCAUUUUGCAUUGACGCAUGUGACGUACGACUGCUAAUGACGAUUAAUUGGUCCUGGUUCACGCAUUUAAGGAUAUUUCUUAAAUACAAAAAUGUAUGAUGCAACAUGAUAUGAAUAGUGAUUAACAUGACACCAUAUUAAUCGAGUUUAUUAAAAAUUAUAACAAAUUAGGUUUAUUAUAAUGGGUAAUUGUAUACGAAGUUUACUGAGAAGGUUACAAAGAAAAAGAUGUACUGAAAAGACUAUUAUUUUACUGAUCGUGGGUCUUGAUAAUGCGGGAAAGACUACUGUUUUGAACCGUAUAUGCGGUGAUUCAGACAAAAAUGUUCUACCUACAAUAGGAUUUCGAACAGUUUCAUUAAGAUAUAAAUCAUACGUGGUAAAAAUUUAUGAUAUUGGAGGUAGCUCACAAAUCAGAUCCUUAUGGACAAAAUACUACAGUGGUAUACAUGGUCUUAUAUAUGUGGUGGAUGCUAGUGAUAUUUCCCGUCUUACAGAAAAUAAAGUUGUAUUUGGUGAAUUAAUUUCACAUGAAUGUAUUUCAGGGAAACCAUUAUUAUUGCUUGCAAACAAGCAAGACAUAAAUGGGGCUAUUGAUGAAUUAGACCUUGUUGAAAACUUAGAUGUUGAACAUGCUGCUAAUACUAGGAAAUGUCCCACAAGGGUUGAGAUAUGUUCGUGUACCGAGGAUGAAAGUCAAUUGAAAGAUACCACUACAGGCAUUAAAAAUGGAUAUAAAUGGCUAUUGGACAUAGUAGCAAAGAAUUACACUGUAUUAAACAAUAGACUUAAGGAUACACAAAUUGCCAGAAACGAUAAAGUUACAGAAGUACAACCUACAACAUCAAAUACAUCAUCAAGAUUGUCAAUUCAUUCCAAUCCUUUCAGACCAAUCAAAGAACUAGUUUUAAAGAAGGAAGAAAUUCAGUCAGCAAGUGCUUCACAUUUAAAUAAUGGUGUUACUACUAAAACCAAAUUGAAGAAAAUAUUUAUGCAUAAAAAUAAAACUGCACCACUUACUACCAAAGAAUCUGUCAUUGAAAUUGGAGAUACACCAGAAAAUGCAAAAUCUGCCACCAUAACUUUAGGAAUUCAAAAUAGUCUUCAAGUACUUCCACCAGUAUCAAAUGCAUUCUCAAAUACAAUCAAAUUAAAACCAAAUCGUCCAUAUACAGCUCCGGAACGUUCGCAACAUUUUGUAAAUAAAAUAACAAUAACCAACAUUCCUGGUCAAGUGACACAAGGUUAACAUUAUAAACUGAAUAUAUAAAUACUAAACAGGGACCAUUGUAAACAAACAUAGAAUAAUCAAAAAUUAUACGAAGACGAAUAUUUUUAACAUCGAAUUUUUUAUUUUUUGACUGAAAAUCGACUGAUAAUUUUAACGCAAAAAUGCAUUAU